AUGUCUGGAAAGAACUCUAAAAGUCGUUACACUAUUCAGACACAACUUCGGCCUGGUCUACAAGCCGCGACCGCGGCCUCAGGUGAGCCGUCGGCUCCUGCAGAGGUCGCCUCGACGCACGCUAACCUUGACACCACUGCCCUCAAACUCGAGUUGCUGGCCGCGCUGAGGAAAGAUAUCGCAGAUAUUUUUAAAAAGCAGCUGCAGGCUACUCUCGAGGAUGCUUUGUCUACUAUCAAGCUCGACCUGCAAGCGGUCAAGACAGAGCUGGCGAGUGAUAAAGCUGCUACCGAUGCUACCAUGUCCAAGCUUAAAGAGCCCCACUCCUGCCUGGAGGUCCGGAUAUCCCCCAGGCCCGUGCCCCGCAACCGCAGGGGACCACCACCUGACCGGAGGGCACGCCACUGCCACACCUGCAGCUCCUUGUAG